UGUUUUUUUGGUUGGAAAUGGAAAACAGCAGUUCAUCAAACGGGCCCAUAUAAAAAAAAAAAAAAAAAAUUUCAAUUAUCCAAAGGGGCGGGAAAACAUUCAGUUCCAUUCCCGGUUUGUAUCCCUUGAGCCUUUUCUUCCGUCGCCACUCGCCGCCGGUACCAAGUUUCUGAAAGAUUUGGGGAAGGAAAGAAAUGUCGAAGUUUGAGUACCCGAAGCUUACUCGCUCCGACAUCGUCACAAUCCUCGCCGACGCUCACAUCGUCGCUAUUUCCGACCGCGAUCUCGUCAACCCCAACCCUGAUUUCGUCGCCGACCUCUACACCCGCAUCCUCGUCUCCCUCGACUUCUUCCACGAGGAAGAUUUUGGGCAGGUUGAGUUUUCGGCCUUGGAGCAGCUCGAGAACCCUGAUUUUCACAUGGAUUCGGUCCGGACCAUGAAGCUAUACAACAGAAUCAAGGAAGUGGUGGCUUUAGUGGAUUGUCCGAAGAGAUUUACCUUAAAAGAUCUCGUAAAACCUGAGACGGAUCGGACUGAAUUUUUUGUCAGUGCACUUCUCAAUUUCUCUCUUCACAGAGAGACAAAAAUGAAUAUCCUUACCCAAGUCGUGGAUCAAUUAACUGACAUAGAUGAGCGACGCAAAGGAUGGGAGGAUAAGAUUUCCCAGUUGAAUGCAGAGAUUGCGGACUACAAUGAAGCAAGAGAAAAGGAGUUGCCUCUUGUUCAAGAGGUAGAUGCAAAAGUUAAAGAAUUGCACCACACCGUUUCAGGCCUUAACAAUCAGCAAAAGUCACUGAGAACUUCUCGUCAGAAGUUGAAGGAGAAGAUCGGAGAAAUAGAGGAAAAGGUUUCGAGUGCAGAGUUUUCUCUGGUACAAAGUGUCCAAGAAAAUGCAAAUUUGCGCUCAAGAAUUGUUCAGUCACCAGAUAAAUUGCAGAGGGCUUUAGAAGAGAAGAAAUCAGUUCGUGAGGAGGCGAAAAAUGCUGAAAGGUCAGCGAAGCAAUCUUUUGAGGAGAAGACUGCUGUUGAUGAGGUUUAUACAAAGGUCUCUAAGAAAUUGUCAAAGCACUUGGCCCAAAUGCAGGCUAUACAGGAACAGGUCAAUUCUGCUAAAUCAGUCGACAGAGACGUUAAGGCUGUAAAAGCUAAACUAAGUGAUGAUGGAGUUGUAAGCAAGUCUCUUCAGGCCAAACUGGUUGAACGGGAGGGAAAAGUGGAACAGUUGAAUGAACUAAAAAAGCAGCUAGAAAGAGAGAGAGAUCUAAAGUUUGAGGAGGCUUCUAAAGAUUUGAAUAAUGUGGAGCUGGAGGUGGAAUCUAGGAGGCGUGAUCUAGAAGCAAGGCAUAAAGCUGUUGAAGCUGCAGUGGAAGAGGUGGAUUCUAUCACUUCAAAGACAGCAUCGAUAAAAGAAUCUGGAGCAGCUGAUCAGAAAGAAUUAGCUCGUAAAUGUGAGGAGAUCAUGAAAGAGUUCCACCAGUACCAGAACUCAAUUAGGGUCCUGCUGCUGGGGAGCCAAUAGUUCGUUGAGCACGCAGCAGGUUCUUUUGGAUUUGUUGGCCGGUUUGACUGCAGAAAGUAAGCAUCGUGCAUCUCUAAACAAAUGAGCUGCAGAAAGUUAAGGUAUAUAUUUUCCAGUUGUGUUUGGUUUGCAUGUAUAUUUUGCAGAGACGUACUUUGUGUUUGUAAUGGGUGUAAUUGUUUAGGAAGGCACAGAAAGAACUUACAUCUGGUUUGCCACACUUUUUCAUUUGAAAGUUGGACCUCCAUUGCUUUACGAAAUGAACAAUACUUUGGUGCAUUCCCAGUUGCAUCUCCGUGUCUCCACUCCAGUUGUGAUUAACGAAUAUUAACUGUGCACGUCAUAUUCAGAAUUGAUAAUUUA